AUGUUUGGGCGGAAUUCCUCGAAUAACCGUCCGUCAGGACCUCAUAAUCCUCCCUCAAAGAAACCAGCCCAGAACUCCCAUACUCCGCAGACAUGGAAUCUCCCUGGUCCUCCGCCGCCGCCGCCUCCCCCUCCGCCAGCGCCAGCCUCAUACAAUCCGAGCACCUAUGGCCCUAUGUCUGGUGCUAUGCCAGUGCCAAAUGCAGCAGCGCGUCUCUCUCCAGCGUUGGCAGCGGUGGAUACGUCGAAGUGGGGUGUGCGCUAUAAUCAACAACAGCACCAGCCGCCACCAUUACCGCCGCGCCCAUCGAGCUCUGAAAAUCCAUCUCAGACCUCUGGCCAGCCGUCGACAGGGGGCUCUACAGCGCCAAACUCGCCUACAUGGAAUGCUUCCCAAACGAGCAACCAGCAGCCAGAGAAUACAUCAACGGUCCAGGGGAACACUACUCCGCCUCUGCCACCUCCUCCGCCGCCUAUUCCUCAAGGAUAUAUGACUGAACUGCAGCAUGCGGCGCAGACAUGGCAGCAGCAACAGCACCCACCCUACUCCGAACGACCUCCAACCCAUCACUAUGACCCUCCAAAACAAUCACCUUCAGCACAUCCGUCAUCUUGGACGCAAGCUCAGGGCUAUGGCCACAGUCAAACAACGGCAGUUCCUAGUGCACAGAGUCCCGUGUCUGGUGACCCCAAGCCACCGUCUCCUUCGGCGGACCGGCCAUUACCACCGCUCCCAGCAGAGAUUGCUGCCGGAUUGAAUGCGGUAUCCCCAAUAUCUUUUCAGCAGCCCACGUUUGGUCCCGGAUCACAGCCGACUAACAACGUCUCGAAUCCCGAAAUGCGCCAGUCAGCGUUGGGUGACGGGGCUCCGUCUGACUGGGAGCACUUUGCUGCGGUUGACGACUCUCCUAUUCAGUAUGAAGCCAACGGACAACAAACGAUACCCCAAAAGCCGUCGCCAGUUGCCUCCACUACUUCUCAGGCUCAGCGUACUUCCAAUACCCCUCCACCAGUUCAUUCUCCGAGAAUAGACAACAUUGGCUCACCGACGAGCAAUAUGUCCGCCUAUGACCACUCCCCAGGUGCAGAUGGCGCCAGCCAGUCCAGGACAAAACUCGAAUUCCCAGAGACAACACAGACUGUAACUGACAAUCAGGAGAGUACGCAAGAACCCGGACGUGAUGCUACUGUGGAGGAAGGUCCUGUAUCUACCCCAGAGCCGCCUAGAGACGAUGCGACCGAAUCAAACCCCACCGUACCUGCCGUCCAGAAGAAGCUGCCAGAUCCAUAUGAAAUCUUGGAUCCAUGGUUUCAAUCGUCACUUGCACGCUACGUUACAAUGUUGCGCAAGGAAGCGGUCGCAGAAACCGAUGAAGAAAAAUACAGAAUCUUCACUACAUUUGUUGCAAAGGAGACCAAACUGCGUGAAAUCUUGUAUAACAUUGUUCCUUCCAGCGCAGAGGAUACUGAGAGCGUUCACUCUCCCCAGCGUGUCCAGAUCUCGCGCUCCAAGUCUGCUGAUCCCUCUCUGCGGCCUGAUUCUGGACUUAUAUCGGCACAACCCGAGGGUGAUGAUGAACCUUCUCACAUUCCCAGGAUCUCUACUGCGCCUCCAGAAAAUGUGCCAGAUGAAGCAGAGGAAGGCGCGUACAGUCCAGGUGGCCGCCCUAUUUUAUCCUUGCACGCGGCAUCUGAAGCAGAGGACAACAAGAAAAACCUCCGUCGAUCAGCCUCUCAUAGCAUCAACAAUGCUCAUCGUGAUGGUCCCAGCAUUUCGCGGUCUACCUCCGUGCCUCUGGAGUCGAUUGACAAUCCCUGGAAAUCCGGAACAGAAACUCCAUUGAUCAGCAACCCUCCACAGAGCAUAUAUACACCAUUCCGAUACACGGAAGGUCCUCAGAGAGGUUCCGACAAUCUAACGUUUGAUCGCCCUGCCUAUCAGGCCUACUCUGCUUUGCGGCAAGCUUCUGUUGACAGUGGGCGUACGAUGUCUCAAAGUCCUGCGCCGACUUCCAGAGGAAGAUCCGGAACGAUAGGACAACACCCCGCUCAUGAACACGAUGAGACCUUUCUUGGAUUGAUCAGAGAGAAGAGUGUCACAUACCGGAAAAAACGCACUGAGAGCACACCUCCUUUGCCGCUCUUGCCAGAUGGAAUCAGGCAAGGUAAAUUCGACGUCGUUCUUGAAGAAUUAUGUUCCUUGAUUCCCGAGCCUUUCCCGGAGAACAAAGAGAGUCCUUGGAUUGCUGCGACCAGAAAGGAUAUCAGAUCAUUCUCAGACGAUUUCCGCUAUAUCAAGGAAACAGUAGAUAAAUGGGAACGGUCGGCUGAAGACAGACGCAAACAGUUGGACAAAGAGCGGAUGGCCCGGCAAGAAGAAUCUGAACAACAUAUCGAUGCUCUUUUCAAUGAUAAUGAGAUCGGGUAUGCCGACAUCAACACUCUUGAGGAUGAUUUUCGGCAUGCGGAGGCCAAAAAGCAGUUAGAGGAAGAGCGGAAAGAACUCGAAAAGUUUAUUGCGGAAGUCUUUGAUCCGCUUGAUGAGUGCCUGAAGAAUGAGAUAUCCCAGCUUAGCGCUCACUAUAAGUUGACCAUAGAUGAGCUCGAUGCUGGAGACAGUGGAAACACUGAGUCGUCAAGUGACAAGUUCCAAGUCUCUCACAUCAUGAAGCUCGUCAAUGACAUUUAUCUGAAGUUGGAGCUCCGGUAUCAGAAACGGCUGGAAAUCGCUCUUGACCGUGAACGACGGCGGAAAAAGGCCGAGCGACGGCCAUUGAUAUUUAUGGGUGAUUCGCCUGCGUUGAGGAAGCUUGAUGCGGAAUUUGACAGCAUGGAGAGGAGGAAUAUUCUUGAGGCUGCUAACGAGAGGGAUGAACGCGCAAACAUACUCAUGGACUCUUUCGAUACUGGUAUCAUGCGUGGCCUGGGAGAGAACCAGUCACUGUUGGACAAUAUCUCUACCAAGAUGAAGAAGCUUGACCCAAAGACCAUCUGUCAUGCUGGCCUGCCCAAAGAUGACAUUGAAACCAUACUGAGGUCGACAUAUGCGCUUGUCAAGUUCCUUGAGGCCAACUCAGAGUCCAUUCUCCGGAGUUUCGGGGCUGCUGACUCGUUGCUAAACGAGGCCGACUACAGUGUUUCCGUCGCAGAAGCUCGUUAUUCCAACGCUGGUAGUGAUAUCUUCCGCAGGCUUGACGAAGAAAAGAAGAAAGAAGAUGCAAAGAUCCAACAAGAGCUGGACUCGAAGCUGGAGACCGUCCGAAAGGGACCGACCGAGCUGACCGCCAAAAUUGACAGCCUUCUUGAAGCUCUUGGCAAAGAAGGUGGUCCCGGAACAGGUCCUUGGAGUAGGCCGAAGAUCGAGAAUACUAAUACUGUCGAAAUUGAUCCCGCGGACGUCUUGAGGCCAGGCCCGCGGCCAGCUUCUGCCGCACCAUUGGGGCGACGAUCAGAUGCCGAUCCAGAGCAACAAGAACGUCUCCGCAAGGCGCUAGAAGACGCGAAGCGCAGAAAUGCAGCGAGACAGCAGCACUGA